AAUAUUGCUAUUGCGGCGUUUUAAGGUGGACCGGCAAAUUCGACUAAGAAGCCGGCGAACAAGAAGCCAACUUCAAGUCUCCUCUGAGUUCAGGACAGAAUUAAUCAUGGAGAUUCCCCUGUUCACCGUGGACUCAUUUGCCCGUUCACCAUUUGAGGGCAAUCCAGCAGCAAUUUGUCUGUUAGAGAAUCCACUGCAAGAAGAGCUCUAUCAGAAGAUUGCAGCCGAGAUGAACUUAUCAGAGACAGCCUUCAUUACAAAGCUGAAAGCUACAGACGAUUUUUGUUCAGGAGCACGAUUCAGCUUGCGCUGGUUCACUCCCAUACAUGAGAUUGCACUUUGUGGCCAUGCAACACUGGCUUCCUCCGCUGUGCUCUUUUACAAGAAAGAAAACGUCAACCCUGUGGUGGUGUUUGAGACACUGAGCGGAGAGCUGCGGGUCGGCCAGCGAGGGGAAUUUGUAGUGAUGGACUUCCCACUGAACAAGCCUGAGGCCCAAGACCACAGUCUAUACAAGGACCUCCUUAAGGCUGCUGUGGGAGAUCUGCCCGUUCAGGAUGUCUGCCUCUGUAAAACCACAAAGAACCUGCUAGUGCGUCUGGCUGACUCAUGUGGCAGGUCAGCUUUAACAUCGAUAAAGCCAGAGGCCGAGAGUCUGCUGAGACACGAAAAUGGAAGCAAGAUAAAAGGCAUGAUUGUCACUAUUAAGGGAGAAUCCACUUCCCAGGUGAAAUAUGACUUCUUCUCCCGCUACUUUUCUCCUUGGCAUGGGGUCCUUGAAGAUCCAGUUUGUGGCUCUGCACAUACAGUCCUGGCUGCCUACUGGUCUGAGCAACUGGGAAAGAAGAAACUGUUAGCUUACCAGUGCUCCAGACGUGGGGGUGAGCUGGAGCUGGAACUGAGAGAUGACGGCAGAGUGAAUAUCGUUGGUCGAGCAGUGGUCCUCCUUCAGGGAACCCUUAAACUUUAGAGAAGCAGCUUCUCAAAGGGCUCACUGUGAAAGUCGUUUAUCCAUGAAGCUACAGAUUAUUCCCAAGACUUAUUUUUGGGCUGUCAUCAGAGGCUGCAUUUCAUCAGCACUUGUCAAAAAGGUGUGCAAAGUAAUCUGAAGAACUUCUGUGUUGUGCUGUGAGAAUAUUGAUUUUUGGUGAGUGGUCUUUGGCUACAGCUUUUCAGGACUACAAAGCUAAUCAUUUAAAUAACUGCUUUAUUACACAGACAAAAUAUCACAAUAUUAUUUACAUAUAAAAGUUAAAAUACAUUUCUCAAUACAAAAGCUGUAAAAAGGUCUCUCUUAAUAAAGACAUAUGAUGAGCAGA